AGGUUUAAUGAUCACAAUGAAAUGAUAAUUUUUGAUAAACAAUUUCAAAAACAACACUAAAAGUAGUUAUAGUUAGUUGACAACAGUAAAAAUCGCUGUUGAACAGUGCAGCUGGUUGAAAAGCCACUUUUUUCUACAGUAAGUGUACACCGAAUGAAAGAUUGUUAGUGGGGAUUAAAGUUUUGCACCAAGGCAUUUUAUGCACAAUCUGACAUAAACUUCCUAGUUUAGAUAAAAUCGCUAAUAAAUAUAUGAAAUAAAUUUGAAUUAUAAAUAUAAUUUAAACUUUAUGCUGUGCAAUACAUUUUAUUAAGUUGUGGAAAUAGUCAUUAAGACAAUAAUGGACGAUUUGCAAGCUCUGGAAGAGGAGGCUAAGGCCACUGCAACAAAACACAUAAACAACAUGCUCCAAAGACCGGGGCAGUUGGAAAAAGUUGAACAAUAUAAACGGAGAAUUGGCCGUAAAAAAGCUUCGGUUGAUACAAUGUUAAAAACAGCUAUGCAAAGUCAACUUGAUGGGGUUAGGGUUGGUUUCAAUCAACUUCAAAAUACUCUUGAAAUAAUUCAGUUAGUAAAAACAGAAUUAGAUCUAAUGGGAAAAUCAUUUAGCCUAGCACUUAAAUUAAAUGAAGAUUUAAAACCAGUUCAAGAUGAAAAUAUGCGACAUUCACAAUAUGUUACUGCCAAAGAGAAUUUGAAGCAUAUUUUUACUGUUCCUGAAAGUGUUGAGAGGACAAAACAAUGGAUUAAUGAGGGGAAACUUUUACAUGCCCAUCAAUGUCUAAUGGAUUUAGAAAACUCUCGAGAUGAUUUACUUUAUGAACUCCAUAAGCCUCCUAACCAAUCAAGUCCAGAUAAAGUAAUGUUAAAAGCUUAUUUCGAAGAUGUAGAAGUUUUGUCACAGUUACUGAGAAAACAAAUAGAAUUAGUAUUGAGUAGAACUUUAAAUACUGUGAGGAAAGAACCAACCCUGAUUGUUACUGUUUUAAGAAUUAUUGAAAGAGAAGAAAAAGCUGAUCAGUUUGCUGAACUACGUUCACGGCAAAGUGAUUUUGUGCCACCGGGUCGACCUAAAAAAUGGAAAGAAAUGGCAAUGAAAAUUUUAGAAAAAUCAGUAGCUGAAAAAAUAGAAGGUACUCAGAUUGAAGAACGUGUAAAUGACAAAAUGUGGUUGGUAAGAUAUUUAGAACUUAUACGACAAAAGAUUGUUGAAGAUUUGAGAGUUGUUAAAACUCUUUGUGGUCCAUGUUUUCCACCAAAAUAUGAUAUAGUUAACAAAUUUGUAAGAAUGUAUCAUACAAGUCUAUCACAAUAUUUAAAAAAUAUUAUAGCUAAUGGUUUAGAAGGCAAUGAAUAUGUUUCAUUACUUGCUUGGGUCAUGAAUACUUAUCCUGGACCAGAAUUAAUGCAACAUCCUGAGCUGAACGUAAAUGUUGAUGAAAUUGGACCUUUAUUAAGUAAUGACAUUAUAAAUAAUCUUCAAGAAAAAUAUUUACAGAAUAUGUGUCAAAACUAUGAAGAUUGGAUGAAGAAAACAUUGGAAAAAGAAAAAAGUGAUUGGUGGAGUAAACAUUUAAUAGAAAAUAAUACUCAAGAUGUAUACUAUCAUACAUCAGCUCCUGUAAUUAUUUUUCAAAUGAUUGACCAAAAUCUUCAAGUAACAAAAACUAUCAGCACUGAUUUAACAGCUAAAGCGCUCGUAGUUUCUAUAGAACAGGUGACAAAAUAUGGAUAUAUGUAUCGGCAAGCAGUUAUUGAAUUUAAAGCUAAACACUUUGAAGAUCGAAGUCAAGUUCCUUAUUUUACUCAUCAUAUGAUUACUAUUGUUAAUAAUUGUAUACAGUUUAUAGAAUUAGCUCAACAAAUGAAACAGUUGUAUUGGGUAUCAAAUGCUAAUGAAGAUGCUGCUGUAAAAUUCGAAAAUUUAAUUGCUUCGUAUCAACAACUGCGAAAUGAAGCUGCUGCUAUUCUGUUAGAAGAGUCUUUCUUAGACCUAGAACCACAGUUCCAAGAUUUGUUGACUCCCAAGUGGUUAAAUUCUUCAAUACCUGUAGAAACAAUUUGUGUCACAUUAGAAGACUAUUUCCAAGAUUAUAAUCAUUUGAGGAUGAAAAAUUUUCAAUAUGUUAUUAAUGAAGCACAGAAUUUAAUCGCUAGACGUUAUAUUGCUGCUAUGCUGCAACGAAAAAUCUCUCUAAAAACUUAUGAAGAAUGUUUAACUUGUACAUCAAAAAUUAUGACUGAAGCUGAUAAAUUAAAAAAUUUUUUCAUCAAAAUAGCAUCAAAAAUUGGACAUUUUGACUCACCUUUUGAAGUCAUCAAACGACUUGCAGAAGUAUUGCGAUGUGAAGAUGCUGAAAUUCUAUCACUUGAUCUUCAUUCACUGGUUGAGAAGUAUCCUGAUAUGACUGAGGAUCAUCUAAUACGGUUGUUGAGUUUGAGAGGUGAUAUUCCAAAAAGUGAAGCUAAAGAAAAAGUUUUAUACACUUUAGAAGCUCAACGAAAUCGUAAACCACACCAAGCUGUUACCAAUAGUAUAUUUAAACAUAUUGUUAUUCAGGACAGUUUCCUUGGUUGGAAGCCUUGAGUUUCGAAAAAUGUAAUUAAAUGUAAAAAUAUUAUUAACAUUAUAUAGAUGAACAAAUUGAUGUAGAUGUAAACUAUUAUUAUAUUUAUGAAGAUUAAUAAUUGAUAAGAUUGAAAUGUUUAGAAAGCUACUAAU